AUGGAUCGUUCUGAUAUCCAACUGAUAUUAAACCAUCUCAAUUUAAGUGAAGAUUGUGUUGCUAAUAUCUAUCAUCAUGGUUCAUGGGUGUAUGGUACGAAUAAACCUAAUUCUGAUCGAGAUAUUUUUAUUAUUACCCGCUCAUUUUAUCAAAAUCCAUUACAAUUUUGGACGGAUUUCGAUUAUUUUCAUCAACAUGAAGUAUAUAAAUUAUUGGAUAAAUAUGAUGUGUGCAUUUAUUCAAUAGAAAAUUUCGAAAUACUUUUAGAAAAUAGUUAUUUAAUGGCUGUUCAAUGUGUAUUCUUACCAGAUGAAUAUAAAAUCAAAGAAGAUAUCGAUUUUCGACAAAUUUACUUAGACAAAUAUUAUGAUAUAUUAGGAUUAAAACGAGCUGCAUUCUAUGAAAUGUACAGAGAUAUCAAGUUGUAUAAUCCUAAGACUAAUUCAGAUGAUCCAUUACAUAAUUCAAUGCCAAAUGAACACCGUCAAUCGCGUAGAAAACAUGUACUUAAAAAUUUAUUUCAUGGUAUUAGAUACUUAGAUUUUGUUGACCAAUUGAUUCAAACAAAAUCGAUCUAUGAUUAUAAACGUGUAACAUAUAUAUUCAAUCAGAUGAAAGAAAUACUUGGUGAUCCAGGAGAUCAAUCAAGUAUGAAAUGUGUUGUUGAAUUUGUUCGUGCAAAAAGUGAUGAAUUUAAAUCCAGAUUAGAUACACUUGUACCAACCGAUAAUAUUACAGGUACUUUCGAAGCACAGAUUACAUUUGAUUGCACGCAGAAUCCUGAACAAGUUAUUGAAAAACUUAAACGAGCAUGUGAAAAUACAAAAUAUAAUCUCCUAUUAAUUCAAUUAGAUACAAAACAAGGAAAUAAAAGACUUCAACAAUUUAUGACAUCAUCUUUUCAUUGCGGUGAAUAUCCAUCUAUUGUUCAACAAAUCAAAGAAGAAGCACAUCAACAUUUCCAAGAGUUUAAUAUCAUACGUAUUAAAAUUAAAUCUUCAACAUCCAAUGUAUGUAUACCACAAAAAGAUAUUGAUAUGAAAUUAUUCUGGAAUAAAGGUAGAAAUUAUUUUGAAUUUAAUUAUCAUCUAUCAUUAAAAAAUGAUCCUCAAGGAGAACAGUUAAAAAAGCUCAUAAAUAAAUGUCAAUCCAAUUACAGACUUAAUUCACAAGUAUCGUUUAAUGUAAUUAAACAAAUCAACGAAAAAAACUUUCACCAUAGGAUUACCAUGGAUCUAUUUCGUGUUGGUCGAAAAAGAGCAUUUGAAAUAAAUGAUGAAAUUGUAGAAUAUUCAACAAGAAAUGAUUUU